AUGAUGGAAACUGGGCCGGAAGAAAACCAAAAAUUAUUUCACGAUCCUAAUUCAGAUAAAUAUUUAAUUAUAUCACCAAGACAAAAAUUAAAUCCUGUUUUAAAAAAAAUAAAUAGAGUACAAUAUAAGUUUAAUGAAAUAGUACCAGAUUUUUUAAUUGGAAAAAAUAAUGCAUGUUUAUUUAUAUCUAUGAAAUAUCAUAGAUUAAAACCAAAUUAUUUAAAAGCUAGAAUUGAAACAUUAACUAAUAAAUAUAAUAAUCGAAUAUUAUUAUGUUUAGUAGAUAUAGACAAUAUAGAAAACCCAUUAGGUGAAAUAAAUCAACUAGCUUUUUGUUAUAACAUGACUCUUAUAUUAUGUUGGGAUAAUAAUGAAUGUGCAAGAAUUAUAGAGGAUUAUAAAAUUUUUGAAAAAAAUUUUUCAUAUAUUAAAAAUAAUAAAAAUUUUUCAACUAACCAAGAAAAGAUACAUGAACUUUUAAAAAAAAUACGUUGUAUUAAUUCUUCUGAUUGUUUUACUAUUACAAAUAAAUUUAAAAAUUUUUCGGCUAUUGCUAAGGCAAAAAAAGAGGAUUUCGUUAAUUGCUCUGGUUUAGGAAACAAGAAAAUACAAUCUCUUUUAUCCACUUUUUCAGACCCCUUUUUUUAG